AUGAAAGUGAUUGCAUUUGUCUUCGUGAUUGCAACCACAUUGGUUUUGGCAGCGGGACAAUUAAAUACAGUACACGAAUGGAAUUACAUAGACUACCUAUGGCCCAACGAAAGUAUAAAAAUGAAUGCUUUUGAGUCUGGAAGAUACAUUUUUGAUAGAGUCGUCCCAAUGGACGUAGAUGUGGAUAAAGAUGGUCGGAUUUUCCUAUCGUUCUUAGGAGCUGAAGGUGUGCCCGCGACGCUGGGCACAGUCAGUUCGGUAGUGGUGGAUUCGGGACCUUUGAUACAACCGUAUCCCGAUUGGUCUUGGUUUGAUCCUGACAACUGCAACACCAUACAAAAUGUCUACAGGAUUGCGAUAGACGAAUGCAAUAGAUUGUGGGUCUUAGAUACUGGAUUCCUCGAAGGUAAACCGAUGAAAUGCCAAGCCAAACUCUUACUAUUUGAUCUCACCAAUGACCAACACCUCGGAACCAUCAUAAUACCCGAUAAAAUCGCAAAAAACAAAGAUGGAGUCACAUUACUCGCAAAUCCAGUUGUUGAAACCGACGGCUUAAAUUGCAAAAAGACUACGGUUUACGUCGCUGAUACGCUUGGCAAUUCUCUGGUAAUAGUAGACCUUGGCUCGAACAAGAACCUCAUGUGGCGUUUGGACAAUCCAGCCUUCGGUCCAGAUCCCAAUGCUGCGAACUUUGUCUCGGGAAAUGACACUGCCACGUUUAUGGGUGGCGUCCUCGGUCUAGCCGUCUCACCCAAGAUAUUUCCUAACGAAGGCAGAUUAUUGUACUUUCGGUCCCUGGCUUCCUGGGGCUUAUCAGCAAUGUCCACUGAAUCUCUCAAACAAACCAUUUACGGCCACUCUGUAAAAUUCGAGACGAGAAAUGACAUAUUACCCAGUCAAGCUAUCGCUAUGGCGUUUUCAAGUCAGGGCACGUUGUUUUUCGGAAUAACAGGAAGGGACGCUAUAGGAUGUUGGAACAGGUAUAGGCUGCUGAGUCGAGAUGUGCUGAAAACGAUAGCUGAGGACCACGAGCAGCUUCAAUACCUCAACGGUGUCAAGGUGAUCAGACCAUCGUCAACUCAUCCGGCAGAAGAGCUGUGGGUACUCUCAAAUCGUUUUCUGGGAUACGUGCAAGGUACACUGAAUCCCAGGAACAGUAAUUUCCGAAUCAUGAAAGCUCCGGUCCAAGAUCUCGUUAAUAAUACCGUAUGUGAUAUGCCAUCCAAUCUCAAGGCUAAGCUUCCACGGUAA